AUGCCGGGGAAUCGGGGAGCGCGUUUCCCCGGCCGCGCUUCCGACCGGGGGAGGAAGCGGGCGCCCAGGGCGGCGCGCAAGCCUCGGCGCAGGGCCCACGCCUUCGCGUCGCCCGCCGCCGCGAGCCAGUGCCCGCCGCGCCGCCACCCGCGCAACACCGACCGCGUAACGCCGACAUUCGCCGACAACCGCCGACAACCGCCAACAACCGCCGACAGCAGAAAGCAGUUGCCCCACGCCGGCGGAGAGAUGGCGCCAGCAUGCCGCGUCCGUACUGCAGUC